UUUGUGGGGGGACUUGCUGUUGAUGACCCAUUUUGCUUUCCCUGUCUCCUUUCCUUUGUUUCCUUUUGCUUCUCUCUCUCCUUUUCUCUCUCACAUUGAUUUUCUAGCUCUUGAAGGAGUGGAGGAGUUUCCCAAUCUUUCAACAAACACUAGUACUACUGGGGGUUACUGUUAAUCUGCUCAUUAUUUUAUAUGAAUUUCUCUGACUUUCCAUCAUCAUCUCCAUCUCUUCAACUUCUGCUUUCCCAUAAUUAGACAUCUCUUCUCUCUCUCUCCCCUUCUCUGUCUAUCUCAUAAUCUUAUCUUCAUUCAUCCUCUUUUAUUCACUUUAACGACUCUACAAAUGGGAAAAAACUAGAAGAGCAAGUACUUAGUCUCCAUCUUUGUUAUUCGGGGGACUUUCUUCUAAUCAAAGCUUGCUUGCAUAUAUAACUGAAGCACGACAGCCUGCAAUUUCAAGAUACUAUGUUCUGAAUCUGCUCAAAUGCUGUCUCUAAGCUCAAUAUGGCGGGUCUUACCAGGUUCUGAAUCUGCUCAAAUGCUGUCUCUAAGCUCACCAAUGCAGGUGAAGAGCCGUCUUAUUUUUGUUCAGUUCAUAUCUGAUAGCUCGAACACAAGGUCUUGCUCCCCUGCAUUAGCUAACGAUGGUACCUCCAGUCACUAACUUGGAUUCUGAAAAUGAGUCUGAAGCCUGCAGUCAAGUACCGUCCAAUUUAUCAAAGCAAGAACCAUCCCCUGAUCCAUCCAAGGACGGUGCAACCACAUCUUCCUCUAUCGCAAACAUCAUUGAACUUCAACCAAAUGAGAUGCCUGUAUCGCUUGAUCUAACACUCAAUUUUAAUUUCAGUGGUGUUAAGUUGAAGGGCAUUGGAGAGACUAGCAUUGAAGUAGCUCCUCCAGUCAAUGCAUCAACGAACCCUAGAGUUUUCUCUUGCAAUUACUGUAGGCGCAAUUUCUACAGCUCACAGGCACUAGGGGGCCACCAGAAUGCUCAUAAGAGGGAACGAACAAUGGCUAAGCGGGCAAUGCGGAUGGGAAUAUAUUCGGAUAGGUAUACUAGCUUGGCAUCUCUCCCACUUAACGGUUCUGUGUUUCGGUCCCUUGGAAUCAAAGCUCAUGCUGCAGUGCACCAUGGUGUGAUACCAUCGCAGAGGCCACUGGAUACGAGAGGUGGAGCGAGGUUUGAGGAAGGCUAUUAUGGGAUGCCAAUGUUCAUGGAGGAUGAUGAUCAUUUCGUACCAUUCUGGCCUGGUAGUUUUCGGCAAGUGGGGGAGGGAGUUAAUGGUGAUAUAGGUUUGAAGUUCGCUCAGAACACAAACAUGGAUUUGGUAGCAGAGGCACCUCCACCACCAACAGAUACAUCGUCACCUGAUCUUACUUUGAAGCUCUGAAUUAUUAUCUAUUUCUCUUUGAUUUGAAUUUCAUUUUUGUCCAGACAUGCUACUCAUUAUCCACUUUUUGUAUAGCGAGGUAUGCAUUGGCAACCUUUUUUUUGGGUAA